AUGCCGAUGCCUGCAGCACUCUCGCGCACCUCGUCGGCAAGCAGUACAUUCACCAAUGCCUCCUCUGAAGACCUAUACGCUACAUUCAUCUCCGAAUCGCUUGACUCGUCCUCACGCCGAACGCGCAAACGCUUCACCAACGCCCAGCUCAGGAUACUUGAGCAAUUAUACCAUCAAAACUCCCAUCCUUCGCGUGAGCAGAGAGAAACGGUGGCUAGAACGGCGGGAAUGGAGGUCAAGUCUGUUACGAUUUGGCUACAGAACAAGCGGCAAACGGACCGUAGAACAAUCCUUGCUAGCGGACGGGUUCCUCCCCCAGUCAUAAUCCAGCAAUACCACCGUGUGCCUUCUCCAAGCACUGCUUCGUCAACAUCAACCAAGUCGCGUCGACCAUCGCUUGACUCGGUCGCGUCACGUUCCGAACUUGGAGGUCUUGGACCCCGCACUCCUUCUCGGCGUAGAGAUCCCCAUGCUGCUCUGUGGGAAACGAUGGAAUCAUCUCCAGUGGGGCCACAGUUUAGUCCGCCCACAACUCGUGACUCAGAUUUUGUCGAAUUUGGCAAGCACACACGGACACUCGAAUGGGCUUGUGCUCGGAAAAGACUUGCGAGGAAGGCAGAACGCGAGGAAAGACGUGCUAAUCCUGGUCUAAUGACCGACGAUGAAGACACAGAUAUAGAACCCACCGAGGCUGUCACUCCACCAAGCACUUGGGGCGAAAACGAUCCGCGUUGGAACUCGGGGGGGCACACUUUAGAUAAGAAGGGCGACGGAAUUCAAAGGAAAGAGGUGGAAAUCGUACGGGUGGCCACACCCACACUCACGCCGCUACCCACCAUUCCUGAACCUGACGACGACACAAUGAAGGCGGCUCUUGCGUUGUGUGGGCUUAUGCAGGGAUGA